CCUCAUCAGAAAUAGUAGAAAAUUAAACUUGAAAGCUCACGUCUUCCCAAUCCAGUGCGAUCAUCCACUCGCCAUGAAACCUUCGGCGAAAACUCAAACCAUUGGAUCUCCUGCUGGACCAUGUUCUCCAACUAGCGGCUCUCAUCCACCACCUCGUCAAUUGACGCCAGCGAAAGCUGGUUCAUUAUCACUUGGGCUUGAGCCAGUCCCAUCCAAACCCAGUGAAUCUUGGGAGACCGCUUAUGUCUUUGCCUUUAUUUACAAGUUCACCUCGUUAUGCCACGAUCUUAAAACCGGCUUGAAGCUUCGUGCAGCUCAAGAUUUCGAGCGGAUACUAGAAGUAGAUACCAGGACAAGCCCAUCAGAUCCAACUGCAGACGAAUCAACCCCUGAUUCAUCAGAUGCCCGGGAAAUACUUACGGCGAUUUUGGCUACGUUUCACGAUAAUUUGAAAACAGCUAACGCCAAUUCGUGGGUCAGAUGGCUCAAAACUUACAUCGAAGACCUUGUCAAACACGAGCGCCAACAGCCGGUAUUCUCAAUACUCAAAUGGAAAGAAAAUUAUUUAAGGACUAGAGAAAAUGGAUUUUGGGACUUAGAAUGGCAUGAGAAAGUACACUUGCUCCGAGUAUUAGUCGAUCAUCAACUCACUUAUUCCGCGAAGAUCAAGUCAAUCAUCGAUGAGAAUCACGACAAAGCCUCAGCCAAAUCCACCAAACAACCUGCCAAUUUGCCAGCAAAAGCGGACACGAAACCCUUUCAAAAUCCAUUAGUGAUCAAGCCAUUAGGCGCGGAUCGCCACUCACGUACUUGGUGGCAGAUUGAUGAUUCUCCCAGGAUUUACGGUUCUGGAAACCCAUACAAACAUGAUGACGACUGGACAGUUUUGUCAACCACCAAACCUGAAUACGCCGAAUUGAUAAGCAAGCUAGCCCUGAACCCUGCACUAAUCUCAACCAAAUCCUCCGACCCCUCUCAAACUAAGUCUGAUCCAUGCGCGACCAAAGAAUCUACCGUUCAAAAGGUUAAAAUCCCUUCGAUGUUUACAAGCAAUCGCAAGAAGACUGCUUCGCAAGAUCGACACUUACAGUCUGAGUGGCAGCUGAGCCAGACUCUAGCGGAAGUCGUACAGGCUAACAUUGAAGCAGGAGAGCAGAGGGUUCAGCAGUUGGUGAAAGAAGCGCAAAGAUUGGAGGAACUCGAGGCCAAAAAACAACGCAGGAUAGCGCUGGCAAACGCUCCAAAACGCGAGGCGGAUCUCACUCGUUCCACGCCUGGAUUUGGCGUUCGCUCACGGCUCAGGUCACAGCGUACCAAACCAGAUUACGUUGUUGAUUCGGAUGUAGUAGAUCGAAAACUCGAGCGCGCGAUCCAAGAAUAUGAGAAUCCAGGUGCAGGCGGAUCCGACUCUAGUAGAAAAGCCAAACUCACCAAACGCAAGCUCAAACGAAAGCAUAUCGAUGGUCGAGAGAGCGAUUCUGAAGACUCCGAGUAUACUGGCCAAGAUGCUAGCGUGGCUGGGACAAACGAGAUGGACGAGGAUGCAGAGAUCGAUGGAACUGCUGAGACCGGUCGCCCAUCCCGUAAACGCGCAUGUGCUUCCAAGAAGGCAACGGCUCCAGGAGAGAGGCGUAGCCUCAGGGUGCGCACGAAAGUAGAAGUUGAAGCGGAAGAAGAACCUAAGCCGGUGGUCGUUGAAGAAGAAUCGCAACCUUCAACAUCCACCUGGUCCCGCUCUAGACCCCCAGUUUCAUCCUCGAAUAGUGAGAUCAUAGAAGGACCUAGCGCGGAACCGGCUCAGUCGAACGAGAACGUGAGUGUCUGGAGUCGUGGCAAGUUGAUAUACGUGGCUGGAAAAAACAAAUAUGCUUGUCAACCGGUGGAGGGCUCAGAGAAGAGGAGCGCAGCAGACUCAACGACGCAUUCGCUUUCAGCACUGCAGGCACGACUUGAAGCUAUGGCAGGAGAUGAUGAUGAUGAUGAGAAGAGUGCUAAUAUCCCGGCAGACCGUCAAGAGGAUGCAACAUCAUCAACACAUUGUGAAGCCAGGAAGGAAAUCGACCAAGGAUCAAAACAUGAACCAUCUUUGUCAAAUUUAUUUGAUGCCGACCUAGAGAAUAAUUCAAUGCAAGUGGAUGGCGAAUAUAAUAAACCUGCUCGUGAAGAUCUUGAGGAUGGAAAAACUUCGGCCCCAUCCCCACUCGUAGAAUUAUUACAUGAGAAACCUUCUCGGGUUCAAGCGGAUCAAGACCAAGCGACACAACGCCAAAUCAAUAACGCCAGUCCUGCUGGGCCUAUCCAACAUAUCAAUCCUCCAGCUCUAUCCACGAUUGUUUAA